AUGGGGACCCUGAGACGAGCCAUAUCAAUGGUUAGAAAUAUUCUCAGACAUGGCCCGGUCGAGCUCUCAAUGGCGUUUCACAACUCUCAGGCACACCAUUCUCAUAAUUUUGAACCACAGAUGGCUGAAAAUCCUGUAGAGAAAAGGUUUGUUCAUUCUUCCGCCCUUGUGCUGCUUACAAAAGCGUUUGUUCUCUAG